GGAAUUGAACAAGCAAAAUCAAAACAGUGGUUUUCUUUAUUUUAAUUUAGAAGAAACAGACGAGCUUUUGUUGAUUAACAACAUGUCUAAAAAGAAAGGUCUAAGUUUGGAGGAGAAAAGAACUCGCAUGAUGGAGAUAUUUUUUGAAACGAAAGAUGUGUUUCAGCUGAAAGACAUUGAAAAAAUCGCACCCAAAACCAAAGGAAUCACCCCCAUGUCAGUGAAAGAGGUACUACAGAGCCUGGUGGAUGAUAACAUGCUGGAUUCAGAGAGAGUGGGAACAUCAAAUUAUUUCUGGGCUUUUCCCAGUAAAGCUCUGCAUGCUCGUAAACGCAGACUGGAGGACCUGAAGAAACAGCAUGAAGAAGGAAAACAGCGCCAAGCGUCUCUUCAGCAGUAUGUUAAAAAAGCCAAAGAGGGAAGACAGGAUACCGAGGAAAGAGCGGCUCUUAAUAAGGAGCUGAUGACUCUGAGAAAGCAGAAGGAGACACUCAAUGCUGAGCUGGAGAAAUAUAAGGACUGUGACCCGGAAGUGGUGAAGGGAAUGCGCAAGGAGAAUGUUACUGCUAAGGAGGCUGUGUCCAGGUGGACUGAUAAUGUGUUUGCCAUCAAAUCCUGGGCCAAGAGAAAGUUCAGCUUGGAUGAUUCUCGUCUGGAUAAAGCCUUCGGAAUCCCAGAGGAAUUUGACUAUCUGGACUGACCAGUGUCUGUGUUACGCACACGCACAAAUAUGCUGUCUGAAUAAACAGAUGUGGAACAAGUAAAAACAAAAAUGUCGACGUAAUAUUGUAUCUACGUAAGAUCUUAGGUAAAGCAACGUAAGCUACCAGAACAGCUUUAAUGCCUUGGCAUUAACUCAACAUGUCUCUGGAAUGGUACGGGUGGGCUGAAGUGCCAUUUCUCCCAAAAGUGUUUCACUAAUUAGUGUUCUCUACAGCUAUAAUCAAAACACCAAGUUGAACACGGAUCAUAAUAAAACGGCUUGUAAAUAAAAUACUGAUUCUGAAUUGGAAACCCCUUGCUGUUUUUCAUAACAGGAUUUUUAUUUAAUUGUACAUUAAAAUGUAUAGCUAGGAAUGAGUAAGACUACAUUUUUUCGUGCCAUCGCAGUUUUUUUUUCCCCCCAAUUUUUUUCAAUUCUUAUUUAUUUAUUUUUUUUAAUCCAAGUGAGGAAAACUGAUAUGGGGCACAUAAGACAGCAUAACUAACAAAACCACAUUGGCUAACUGGUAACAAAUAAAUAAAACAGACUUUACAAA